CAGUCUUCUAUCUUUAAUAAAGACAAUUAUGAAGCAUAGAAAUCCAUUCGUGUUGUUUAGUUGAUAUUUCCUUGCCAAACCCCGAGGCUCGCCUGAACUCUCUAAAGAGGUCGUGUUGCUCAAUGAUGCAAGUGCUUCGGGAAAUACUGUAGCUAUUGUUUUAGCUGAGCAAAGUGGGGAGUAGAAAAGCUAUUCAUUUUGCUUGUUACGUGGUCGUGGAUAAACACUACAGGGGCUCAGGUUGUCUUUGGAUGAGCGUGAACGUGUCUUUCAGUAACACGAUACAUCCAUUUCACUGGUGAAAAUAUUGUUUCAUGUCUCAGGUUGGCCCUGUUUUUUUGUCUCCGACAGGAGUGCGGAGUUGUGAGCAAGCCGCUCAGCCAGUGUGAGUCAGUCAACCGCCUCUCAGCCGACUGGUCUGGGUGAGACCACCCAUGGAAGAAGUGCCCUUCCUGUCACUGUGAUCUGCUCAUCCGAGGUGGCGUCUCUUUUCUCUCCGAACACCCCUCCUCACUUCAAUCCAUCAUGGGGGAAGUGGUCCAGAUGCACUUCACCCCUGUGGACUAUGUCAUCUUUGCCCUGCUGCUGGUGGCCUCAGCUGGGAUCGGCCUCUUCUACGCCUUCUCUGGGGGGCGCCAGCGCACCACACAGGAGUUCCUGAUGGCUGAUCGGUCCAUGAGCUGCCUCCCAGUCUCCCUCUCUCUGCUGGCCACGUUUCAGUCGGCCGUCGCCAUCCUCGGGGCUCCAGCGGAGAUCUACACCUACGGCACCCAGUACUGGUUCCUGGGCUGCUCCUACUUCCUGGGCCUGCUCAUCCCAGCUCAUGUCUUCAUCCCCGUCUUCUACCGGCUGCGGCUCUCCAGCGCCUACGAGUAUCUGGAGCUGCGCUUCAACAAGACGGUCCGCAUCUGUGGGACGGUGACCUUCAUCUUCCAAAUGGUUAUUUAUAUGGGUGUGGUCCUGUAUGCACCGGCCCUGGCUCUGAACGCAGUCACUGGCUUUGACCUGUGGGGCGCCGUGUUGGCCAUGGGACUGGUGAGCACCUUGUACACGGCCCUGGGCGGGUUGAAGGCAGUGAUGUGGACCGACGUGUUCCAAACUGUAGUCAUGUUCGCGGGACAGCUCGCUGUCAUCAUUGUCGGUGCAAGCCAGGCCGGGGGGAUCUCUGAGGUCUGGAAGAAAGCGAUGAACGGCAGCCGCAUCGCUGGACUGGACCUGAACCCCGACCCUCUGGAGCGCCACACCUUCUGGACUCUGGGAGUUGGUGGAAUCUUCCUGAUGCUGGCUCUGUACGGGGUCAACCAGGCUCAGGUCCAGAGAUACCUCAGCUCCAGGACGGAGAAGGAAGCAGUCAUGUCCUGCUACGUGGUGUUCCCCUGCCAGCAGAUCGUCCUGUGCCUGGGCUGCCUCAUGGGUCUGGUCAUGUUCGCUCGCUAUGGAGAAGACAGUCCUCUGGACAAGGGCUACGUCAAAACCAAUGAUCAGAUGGUGCUGUACUUCGUCAUGGACGUCUUCCAGGGUCUGCCGGGCCUCCCGGGCCUGUUUGUGGCGUGUCUCUUCAGUGGAGCGCUGAGCACCAUCUCCUCAGCAUUCAACUCCCUAGCAACGGUAACCAUGGAGGACCUGAUCAAGCCGUAUUUUCCCAACAUGACUGAAGCGAAGGCCACGCUGCUCUCCAAAGGACUGGGUAACAGAAGUGUGAACCAUUCCAGACCUAUCAGAGGCUUAUGUGAAGAUGUGUGUUGCACAGCUCUGGCCUAUGGUCUGGUGUGUUUGGCCAUGGCUUACCUCGCCUCCAUCAUGGGAUCUGUGCUGCAGGCAGCGUUCAGCAUCUUCGGGAUGGUGGGUGGUCCACUGCUGGGUCUCUUCUGCCUGGGAAUGUUCUUCCCCUGGGCCAACUCCAUUGGUGCUGUGGUCGGGUUAGUGGCUGGUCUGGUGAUGGCCUUUUGGAUCGGCAUCGGCAGCUUUGUGCUGCGGGCCACCAGUCAAACCCCGGUGCCUCCGCUGAACACCACCUUCCCCCCUCUGUUGGACAACAUCACGGCCACGGCUGCGACCACGCUGGCCACCAUGACCACAGCCAAGCCCCGGCCGACCGGGCUGGAGGCGCUCUACUCUCUGUCAUACAUGUGGUACAGCGCUCACAAUUCCGCCACUGUGGUGGUGGUGGGGCUGAUCGUCAGCCUGCUCACAGGGCCGAUGAAGGAGAGGGACCUGACCCCGGGAACGGUCUUCCCUGUCCUGGGCACGCUGCUCUUCUUCCUGCCCGAGCGCUACAAAGAGAAGCUGUGCUGCGUCACUCCUCUGAAGCUGAAGGAGAUCGACAAGAAGCCUUACGAACCGGGCCACAAAGAGGGGAACGGGUCGGCCUACUGCAAAGAAGACAUGAUCAAAGAGGAGAAGGAGAUGGAGAGUGACGGCGCGCAGACGGACGAGGAAACCAAGGUGACGUUCGGCUCGUCCAGGGCGACGGCUCAGGUGGAUCAGGAGACGGCGCUGUGACUUCACUGCCACAAACACGACACACCUUGAAGGUGUGGCGACGCGGUGAUGUCCAACUCCUGGUUCCUCUAGAGAUGCUGAGCUGGACCUGCAGCACUCUUUUCUCACCCCCAAGGUACACAACACUACAUGUUCAAUGUAUCAGGAGGAGGAGGUUUCUCUGACAAAUCACCUUGUAGGACGUUGUUCUUGUACUGUGUAGUGUCUCCAUAUUGCCUUUUAAAAAUAUGAAUCGUGUACAGCGCAAAUAGAGCCGACAGGGGGCGCCACUGAGCACAAGCGUUAUUGUUCUUGAGUGUUAGACCAAACUCCCAUGACUCUUCAGGCCUGGUUCAUCCCAAACUUGUCUGUUAUUUUUGUUGCAUAACUUUUUCUGCCUUGGACCGUCAAUGACCUUUUUAAGAAGGUUGAACUGAAGACGCAUUACAAGUGCCUGGUUUAGUUCCAGCUGAUUGUUCUAUGACCAGAUGAAUCACCACAGUUUACUUCCCGAGCCCCACAAAUGCUUCAAUUCCCACAGCUGCCACUGCACGCGCAGCACUGUGCCAGUGAUUAUAACUCUUGUUGUGACACUGGAGUAACUGGAAAUAAGGUCCGAGUCAGAAGUGCUGUGAUCUUCCAUGAUUCCACAUCAUGUGAUGGUGAAAGCAGCUUCCUUGUGGGUGAACUAGCAGCUGUAAUUACACAUAUUUAAGCAUCAAUUGGUCAAUAAAAUAACCUCUUGGAAAGACAUGAGGAACCUAGAACGUGACCUGACCUGAGAAAAGGUGGAAAAUAGUUUUGUAAACUGCUAAAAUAUAUGUUUAACCAGUCGGAAAAUGCAACAUAAAAGUUGGAUUAACUGAAAAACAGAGUGAAAGUUAAAGUUGCCUUCAACCAUGAUAUCAGGUCAAUACUUUUUUCCUUCAGUAAUAUAGUGGUUCAGUCUGAUAAACAUGUGUUUAUGAUUUUGCAUUAUUACAAUAUAAACACUAAAUACUGUUGCGACGAUGACAGUGACAAGGUGGAGGCACUUUAUGAUCCUAAGAUCCGUGUUGAAGCUUCAUCAUCUGACUAAAAAAAGGAUUUUCAGCCUUUUAAUCCAGUUCAAUCGCACUGAGUUAACUCGCGAUUAAUUGCAAAUGAAACUCUUGCAUUGCAAAACGCUUCCUUCAGAUCAGACUUGGAACAGAUUAACCGUGGUUCAUUUGUGAUAAUGUGCAAGUUAACUUAUCUGCUGCCGUAGUUUUCAGAGAGUCAGAUAUUAUCCCGAAACGUCCAAAAACUGCGGUUUGCGCUUGAGCUCUGUCAUGUUUUGUGGCGCAGUGUUUGGUCAAGGAGGAUCACUUUUGUGUACUCAGCACAGAGGAUGAUGAAUUUAGCUCCGGGGAAUGAACAUCACAUUUCCUAUUUAUGGAUUUUAAUAAGCAUUAAUUUUGUUCCACCCGCAGCACACACUGCUUUAUGUGAGUCAGUUGAUAUUGACUUCUACGUCAUUUGAGCUGAGGAGUCUGUGUGUGUUAGUUAUUGACCGAGAAAUGCUUAAAAGUGUCUUCAAUAUUUCUCUAUGAAAACAUGGAGAAAACAGCCCUGAUGAUGUGGUGUUAUUACUGUCACAGCUCGGUCAUAUGACUUAAGCUUGUCACUGAAGAAAACACGGACACACAAAUGCGUCUUCUUCUACUUCUACUUGAGAAAGUGCUGGUUUAAUUUCGGCAUGUCGAUACGAGUCACCUUCUGAGCCCAGCGCUCUUCUGACUGAAGAGGUGGAGGUGUGUAGUGUUGCAUGCUGGGAGCUCAGAACUUUGCCACUGCCCUGGCGCAACACAGCUGUCAAUCAUGUGGUGUCAGACCCAGGUCUUGUCUGUGCAAAUGUGACGGUCGUGAAUGUUUCUCUUUAUUUAUUGCCGACAUGGUUUUUGGAAGCCCAGAAUUCUUCCCCAUCCUGUGGUGGUGUUGAACCGCCCAUGUUCAUUGGGCGUGUUGUGGGCGUGUGACGUGCAAAUCCAACAGAGCCAUCUCAUGUUUACAUGUCCAGAGCUUGGUGUGAAGCGUCAUCUCAACACUCCUGAAUACCUCGACUCAUCCGCUGCAUAUAGAAUCAAACCAUCCAUCCACUCAGUAGAGGAUAUAUUUGUGAGAGGAUUAGUAUAUUUUUCUAAUCUCACCUGAGGCCAGGACACUUUUCACCCUGUGAAACCUUGAAUUCUAUAUGCAAGAAUCAUCCUUUUUGUGAAUGGAAAGCUGAAUUGGGAUUGUGGCUGCUGGGAGACAAUGAAAGGCACGAGCGCAGCUCUGAAGCCUCAAGGUUCCAGGUUCAAGUCCGCUGUGCCGUUUGAUGACUUGCCAAGGGCAAACCUGGAUUUCCAUGUGCUGUAAAAAUGCCAAAUGAAAUUACAUGAAGAUUUUUUUACGCCUUUAUUUAAUGCAAAUGUUGUGCAUUUUAACUUCAGAUCCUGUAGUUUUAUAGAUAAUAUAUAUAUAUAUUACAAUAAUUUAUUAUUGUCAGAUUUGAUUUUAUAUUUUUUUGUAUUUUUCUACUCAAUAGAACGUGUUGAUUCUAAAAUAGCAAUAUUUCAUGACCCUGAUGUGAAAAUAUGCAGGAGAUGCCAGUCUCCAACAUUUAAUGUUUUAACAUUUACAACUUUCACUGUGAGUCAAACAGCCUUCAGUCACAAAUACAUUUUCUUAUUUUCACAUCUUGUCGGUAUUUAUGAUGAUUAUUGUAAACUAAUUUGAAGAUAUUUUUUGUUGUUGUUUUAAUAAUAAUUACCUGGUAAUUACUGGGGAGUGGAUAAUGUAUAUGAUGUUCUGAGUUAAAUGCAAAGUAAUAAUUAUACAUAAAUUAAGACUGGGAUUUAAGCAUGUAAAUUUCAGUUACUUAGAUUCUAAGUAAUGCGGACAACACAGAUUAAUUGAAUAUAGAAUCAUUUUUUAGUAGUAGUUAGAUGUAGGAGAGGAGAUGAUGUCGCUGUGAUCCUGGAAACUUUAGAAUAGAAGCACAACAAAUGUUCGCUCAUCACUUCCGCCCUCAUGUUACUAACUUAUGCACGCAAAUUUGACAUCAAAUAUUGAAAUACGAUUAAUUCAUAAUAGAUUAUUAGCGAUUGGAUUAGCUGUAUAUAAUCUUACGAGCGAAGGCAUAAACCAGUUAUUUGCAUGCUGUAGUUUUUGUCUUUUAUAUAGCGUCAUUUUGAAAGGGGGCGCUGCAUCCCACAUUCAAGCUUCAUUCACACGUAUUGGUUCCUUAAGUUUUUUUUUUGUUUUUGUUUUUUUGCCGAAGCAACACUGUAAUGAUUGAUAUUGUUUCUAUUUAUGAUUGUUCCUCUUCCAUCCCUGAAAUUACUUGAAGUGUGUGCCUGUGAUUCUGUCCCUUCGAAGUGCUGGAUUCUGGGUGGUGAUUUCACCGUGAGCAGACAUGAUGAAGCACAAUGACGUCAGCACGCGAGUGUUGACGCUGAGCCUCGGCUUCGGCAGCCUGAUCACACUUGGUAAUUUCCACCGCAAAUAAAUAUUGUUGGAACAAUAUUUAUUGCUCUUAUCAUCUGAAAGAAUAUGCAUUCCAAAAAGACAAACCCACAAGCACUGAAGUCGCGGCGACUCCUCUGCUUUGGCUGUGCCUUUUCGUUUUUUUGAUCUCCAUGUUUCAAGGAUUUUGCCAUAAAUGAGCACACUCUGUCCGGAGUUCACCAAAUCAUAAGGAUGGAUCGUCUGUAUCGUCUCAGCAAGUGGAGCGGUGGAGACGGGCGGUCUGGACCGGAAGGAGUCCACAAUGAAACUGCACUUUUCGUCUGACUGCGAUGACACGCAGAAGUGGCUGUUCUGGGGAUGUAUGAAUCUCAUGUUUUGAAUUAUGAUGUACUUGAAUGGAGUGAAUA